CCGGCCCUGACGGUGGCGGGAGGGGCCGGGCGGGAUCGGGACCGGGCCGGGACCGGGACAAGGAGCGGGGCAAGGAGCGCGGCGAGGAGCGCGCCGGGCCGGGGCAGCCCCGGGGCGCCGGCGGGAGCGAUGGCGCCGCGGCUGCAGCUGGAGAAGGCGGCGUGGCGCUGGACCGAGACGGUGCCGCCCGAGGAGGUGGCGCAGGAGCACAUCGAGGCGGCCUAUCGCGUCCGGCUGGAGCCCUGCCAGCGCGGCGCCUGCCGGAGGAACUGCAGGGGGAACCCCAACUGCCUGGUGGGCAUCGGGGAGCACGCGUGGCUGGGCGAGAUCGACGAGAACAGCUUCCACAACAUCGACGACCCCAACUGCGAGCGCCGCAAGAAGAACGCCUUCGUGGGCCUGACCAACCUCGGCGCCACGUGCUACGUCAACACCUUCCUGCAGAUGUGGUUCCUGAACCUGGAGCUGCGGCAGGCGCUCUACCUGUGCCCCAGCGCCUGCGGGGACGGCGUUCCCAAGGACACAGACUAUGAGCCCCAGACCAUCUGUGAGCACCUGCAGUACCUGUUUGCUCUGCUGCAGAACAGCAAGCGGCGCUACAUCGACCCCUCGGGCUUUGUCAAGGCGCUGGGGCUGGACACGGGGCAGCAGCAGGAUGCCCAGGAGUUUUCCAAGCUGUUCAUGUCCCUGCUGGAAGAUACUUUGUCCAAACAGAAAAACCCAGAUGUCCGGAACAUUGUGCAAAAGCAGUUCUGUGGAGAGUGUGCCUAUGUCACAGUCUGCAACCAGUGUGGCAGAGAAUCUAAACUGGUGUCUAAAUUUUACGAGCUGGAGUUAAACAUCCAAGGACACAAGCAGUUGACAGACUGUAUAACAGAAUUCCUCAAGCUGUUGAGUAGCUCAAUUGACUUUUCAGUGCUGACACGUUCUCAAGACCUUUCCCUCUGCCUCUCCACUACUCAGGAGGAAAAAUUAGAAGGGGACAAUCGUUAUUUUUGUGAGACUUGUCAGAGCAAGCAAAAUGCCACAAGGAAGAUCCGACUGCUCAGCCUGCCCUGCACCCUCAACCUGCAGCUCAUGCGCUUUGUGUUUGACAGACAAACUGGCCACAAGAAGAAGCUGAACACCUACAUUGGCUUCUCAGAGCUGCUGGACAUGGAGCCUUUCAUGGAGCAAAAAAACGGGGUGUACGUGUACGAGCUGAGCGCUGUGCUCAUCCACCGUGGAGUAAGCGCCUACUCCGGGCACUACAUCGCCCACGUGAAGGACCCACAGACAGGAGAGUGGUACAAGUUCAACGAUGAGGACAUCGAGAAGAUGGAGGGGAAGAAACUGCAGCUGGGAAUUGAGGAAGAUUUAGCGGAGCCAUCGAAAUCCCAGACCCGUAAGCCCAAGUGCGGGAAGGGCACGCACUGCUCCCGCAACGCCUACAUGCUGGUGUACAGGCUGCAGGCCCGUGAGAAAUCCCUCACUGUGCAGGUGCCAGCUUUUCUGCAGGAGCUGGUAGAACGGGAUAACUGCAAGUUUGAGGAGUGGUGCAACGAAAUGGCCGAGAUGCGCAAACAGAGCGUGGCCAGAGGCAAGAUCAAGCACGAGGAGGUGAAGGAGCUCUACCAAAGGUUACCCGCCGAAGCUGGUUCCCCCUACGACUUCAUCUCUCUGGAAUGGCUGCAGAAGUGGCUGGAUGAGUCCACUCCUCCCAAACCUAUUGAUAACACAGCCUGCCUGUGCUCCCAUGGCAAACUCCAUCCUGAUAAAAUAUCCCUGAUGAAGAGGAUAUCGGAAUACGUGGCCGACUUCUUCUACCGGCGAUACGGAGGAGGGCCCCGGCUCAACGUCAAAGCACUUUGCAAGGACUGUGUGGUGGAGAGGUGUCGAAUCCUGCGGCUGAAGAACCAGCUGAACGAGGACUACAAAACCGUGACCAACCUGCUGAAGAUGACAGUCAAGGGGAACGACGGGUUUUGGGUUGGCAAAGCGUCCUUGAGGAGCUGGCGUCAGCUGGCUCUGGAGCAGUUAAAUGAGCAAGAUGAAGAUGCAGAGCACAGUAAUGGAAAAAUGAAUGGAAAUGCACAAAACAAAGAUGAAUCAAAUGAAGAGAAGAGGGAGGAGGAAGAGGAGUUAAAUUUUAAUGAAGACAUCGUUUGCCCACAUGGUGACCUGUGCAUCUCUGAAAACGAGCGGAGGGUGGUUUCCAAGGAAGCCUGGGAGAAACUCAAGCAAUAUUUUCCAAAAGCCCCCGAAUUCCCAAAUAACAAAGAGUGCUGUUCCCAGUGCAAGAUUUUGGAGCGUGAAGGGGAGGAAAAUGAAGCUCUGCAUAAGAUGAUGGCCAGCGAGCAGAAGACUUCUCUCCAGAACCUGUUCCAUGAUAAAUGCAGGCCUUGCCUGGGCAGCUGGCCUCAGGAGACGGAUGAGCUGUAUAUUGUUUCGCAGUUCUUUGUAGAAGAAUGGAGGAAAUUUGUCAGGAGGCCGACGCGCUGCAGCCCCGUGUCCUCCAUAGCAAACAGUGUCCUGCUCUGUCCCCACGGGGGGCUCAUGUUCACCUUUGCUUCCAUGACCAAAGAAGACUCCAAACAUAUAGCUCUGAUAUGGCCCAGCGAGUGGGAGAGGAUCCAAAAACUCUUUGUUGUGGAUCACGUCAUCAAAAUCACCCGGACACAGGCAGCCGGGGCCGGCCCCGAGGGCGCCCGCUACGCCUCCGAGCCCCAGCUGUGCCCCGAGUGCCGGGAAGGGCUCCUGUGCCAGCAGCAGCGGGACCUGCGCGAGUACACCCAGGCCACCAUCUACAUCCACAAAGUGGUGGACAACAAAAAGGUAAUGAAGGACGCGGCUCCAGAGCUGAACGUGAGCAGCUCGGAAGCUGAAGAGGAGAGGGAGGAAAACAAGCCAGAGGGGGAGCAAGAUCCCGAUUUUAACCAGGCCAAUGGUGGCACGAAACGCCAGAAGCUGUCCCACCAGAGCUACAUCACUUACCAAAAACAGGGAAUCAGGAGAAGCACACGGCACCGGAAGGUCCGGGGGGAGAAAGCGCUGCUCGUGUCAGCCAACCAGACCCUGAAAGAGCUGAAAAUCCAGAUCAUGCACGCCUUCUCCGUGGCCCCCUUCGACCAGAACCUGUCCCUGGAAGGGAAGAUCCUGAGCAAUGACACGGCCACGCUGGGCAGCCUGGGAGUCAUCCCCGAGUCUGUCAUCCUGCUCAAGGCCGACGAGCCCAUCGCGGACUACGCGGCCAUGGACGACGUUAUGCAAGUUUGUAUGCCUGAAGAGGGAUUUAAAGGUGAGUCCAGGUGUUUUGCCCCCUUUGUAUCCCCUCACAUGAAUCCCACCCCCAUCCCACUUCCCUCCUCAUCUGCUGGUGGUGUCUUUCCUUCCCAGGGACUGGUUUACUUGGCCACUGAUGGUUUUCCAAGAGGAGCGACCAGAAGGGAAGAGGAUUUGUCACAUGGUAGGGCAUUAAAAGAAUAAAAACAGGUGGAUACAGUACUUUUUGACUCUUCCAGAAGGCAAAAAUCCAUCGUGAGACGUUUGCUCCCCAAAAAACAAAACAAAUGCCUUAUGUCAAAGCAGAUUGCACUGAAGGACAUCCUGCUUCAGGACAGCGUUCCUGGGUUUAUUUAAAAAAGAACAGGAAGGUUGGGAAGUUGAGCAGCAGUUGGUGUGUGGGAUGAGGGGCAGCCCUCGUGUCCCCCGGCCCGGCCGCAGCGGGGUGGUGAUGCAGGAGAUCCAGCCCAUCCUGAUCCCUCUGCAGUCACUCUUUAGGAUAAUCCUGUCUUUGAUCCACUCUCACGCUUUCAGUCCAGCAUGGAAGGAAUUGUGACUUCGUGAGGAAUGUCUCUAGCGCUUUCAGACAACAAAACUUCAUUUUCUUAACCCAAAAUGGAAGCUGGGAUCUGCCUCCCAAGCCCUGCCAGGGGCUGGGAGCCGCCCCCUCUCCGCAUCCUUCCGCCGUCACUUCCACACCUUGGACAAUCCAGUAACCACCUGGGCUCUGGGAACUGUGGGUUUUUUUAGAAAUUUGGGAUAUUUUAAUGACUCUCAAGAACAUUUUCCUCCAGUCUGGCGCUGCUGGGAGUGUUCCUGGCUCAGGGCAGUCGGAGCUGGCCAGGGGGUGCGGGUGGGUGCUGAGUUUCCCAUGGGAAGAGGUUUUGUUACUCCUCUCUCCUCAUUUUUCAGCAAUGCACUAAUUAUUUUUUUUCUUUUUCCUUUUUUUAACACCUCCCAGAAAACUUUUCUCCCCAUUAAUAUUUAGCAGGAAAUAGUAUCCCACUUCCAGACGGAUCCACACUGGGCACUGCCAAGGGAUCUUUUUAUUAAAGAUCCUCUUCCUUUCCAACCUUUUCCUUUGUUUCUGCAGAAAAAUACAAUGCAGAGAUCGCAUCAGUUUUAUUUUUUCAAGGUUUGCAGGAAUUUGGGCUGCAAGAAGAGGAUGUGGGCCAAAAUUCCAUGCCCAAAAUCCUACUAGUUUUGAUUUCCAGUGUUUUAUGUGAAGAAUUCCAGCACCUUCCUCCCUUGUCCCUGAUGGGUUUGGGUGUGAAGCAGCAGCAUUUGAGGGGCUCUGAAUUUCCUAAAAAGUGAUAUUUUGGGGCAGUUUGAACCCAUGGAGUCUUUCCCAAGGUAUAGACAUGGCAAAUUCCAUGCCAAAGCCACAGGAGGCUUUUCUUCCCAACCUGAAGCACUCGCUUGUGUACAUAUUCCUUGGAAAUUCCAUCUUUUCAAGUUGCUGUUAAUUUUUUUAAUGUUAUAUAUAAAAAAUUCUCUUCCUUGAGCUUACACUGUUGUGGGAAGGGAUCCCGUGGGGUGUUCCAGGGCUGUGGCAGAGGACGCAGAUGCAAGGUGUGAGCCAGAGCCCCAUUCCUGUUUUGUCUGUUAUUUGCAAAUAUUAUCGGAUUAAAGUUGUCAUUGGA